AUGCCCCGCAACAAGGCGUUGAAGGGAGGGUCUAACAGCCUUCGCAAGGUGAAGAUCAAGCCGUUCAACAAGCCGCCCACGUUGCCUCCAAAUUUCUAUGAGCAGACAUCCUCCGAACUGUUGCAGGGGACUCUGAAUGUCCUGGAACGAGGAAGAGCACAAGACCAGCCCAAAGAUCAAUCGAGCAAUUUGAGUCUCCAGAAUUCCUACAAUGCCGUCGUCAAUCUGGUCACCCAUCAAUUCGGUCCCCGCCUCUAUCAGGAUCUCCGAGAUGCCAUGCAAAAAGCAGCCCGACAAGUCCUACCAGACGAUGCCAAAAAUGAAGCCACCAUUUUGGAGUUUGUGCAAACACAGUACCAACUGUUUGUCGACUACUUGUUGCUGUGCAAGCACGUCUUUUUACCAUUGGACCGUACUCAUCUCUGGCAAGAAGACGGACAAAUGGUCGUCAAGAGAACCAUGGCCACCAGUCAUACUCAUUACACGCUAUGGGAAGUCGGUCUGUGUCAAUUCCGGGAUCGAUUGACCGAAUUGAAACUAGAUGACCGAGUCUACGAAGAUUGGUUCCAAAUGUUGGAGGCCGAUUGGGCCGGACAUUACGCCCAGCGCUCGCUGUUGCAAGCUACUUGGCACAUGUGGCAAGACUUGCACUUGCUGCCGCUCAUCAUGACCCGAUUGCAGCCAGAUCUAGAAGUAUUCUUGCAGCGAGAAUCACAACAAGCCAUGGAGGGAUCGGGCGGGUAUGCGGCGGCAAGCUUUGUGGCAUAUGUCUACGAAAAAUGGAUGCACAUGUCGUAUCAAUGGACAUUUCUCCCCAAGACGUGGCUUUGUACACUCCUCGAAGUACACCUCCUCUUGCCACACUUGCAUGCCGACUGGUUGUUGGCAUCGCAGAAUUUUUAUCCGCUACUGGAACAAGAAUUGCUGCAUCAACCGGGAGGACCCACCAGUCCGCACAAGUCAUCCACUCCUGCUGCUGCGGCUUCCACUGGGUCGUCGUAUAAUCAGUCUGCCAUGGUCAAAUUGUGGAUGCUAGCCGGACGAUUACCCAAUGGAUACAAGCAAGUCGCUACUUGCAUUGCCGAAUAUGCCCGGACCAAGGGAGUCGCACUCGUACAACAAAGUCAACCAUCCACCGCCACGCCACAAAAGAAAUCGGCAUCCAACGCCAAUCACCACACCAUGAUUGCCGAUUUGCUCGAAUUGCAACAACAACUCAGUCGGUUGGUACAGAAAUUGCCGCGCGGGACAGAUCACAUUGCACUCAAACCGGUAUGGGAAGAAAUCGUCAACUUGCCCAACACCACACCCACCAUUGCCGAAUCGCUGGCAAAGUUUGUCGAUCAAAUUCUCAAAAAUAACAAGAAAAUGGAUCAGUAUGCCUUGCAGCAAUCAUCGUCGUCGGCGUCACCCACCAUGGGAUUGGCAAGUGCCAACAAUUCCAGCAGCGAUUUGCUCUCGCGCAUUAUUUCCGGAAUUUUCGUUCAUUUGCAAGCCAAAGAUAUAUUUGAAGCAUUCUACAAACGAGAUUUGGCCAAGCGGUUGCUAUGGAAUCGCGUCGUGUCCAUGGACGUCGAGAAACAGUUUGUCAGUUUGCUCAAGGCCGAGUGUGGCGCUGGGUACACAUCCAAAAUGGAGGGAAUGUUUCAGGAUGUGGAUUGGAGUCGUGAAGCCAUGAGUCGAUACAAGCAAACAUUGCCCAUGGGUGGCGGGGGCGGUGCGGGUAUUACCACUGGCGGAGUGGAAAUGGAGGCACAAGUCUUGACGACUGGUUAUUGGCCCGUGUACCCGCAGUACCCGCAUCUCAUUCUCCCCCAGAGUCUCAAGGAGCCCCAAGAGCGAUUCACUAAUCAUUACAAGACCAAGUACCAAGGGCGACGAAUGACAUGGCAGUAUGCCUUGGGACAUUGUAUCGUUCGGGCCAAUGGACUGGGGAAGAACAAGAACAAGGUCUACGAGUUGGUCAUGAGUCUUUGCCAGGCCCUGGUCUUGAUUCAGUUCCAAUCGACGGACCAAAAAUUGGAUUUGCCCUACCUGAAGAAUGCCAUUGGUUUGGAUGAAAGAGAUGAGGUGGAGCGAAUCUUGCAGAGUCUGGCACUUGGCAAGGAUGGAACUCGGGUGUUGCGCAAGCUGGACUACGAUGCCGAACCGAACAAGAAGAAGAAAGUCCGAUCUCAAGUCGACGACCGUGACAAGUUCACCGUCAACAUGAAUUUCGACUCUAAUCAGCGACGAAUCCGUAUCACCAACAUUAUGUGGAAGGAAACGAAGGAAGAGCGAGUCAAGACGGUGGAGGCAGUUUCACGAGAUCGUCUCUACAUGAUUGAUGCUUCUCUCGUCCGUAUUAUGAAGGCCCGCAAGACCAUUCUCCACCAGCAGUUGAUUCCUCAAGUGUUGGAACAGGUCAAGGUGCCGGCCCAACCAAAUGAUGUUAAGAAGCGCAUCGAGUCCCUGAUCGAGAGAGAAUACAUGGAGCGCGAUGCCAAGGACCGAAAUCGGUACAAUUAUCUCGCCUAG